AUGCCAGGGCUGAUUAACCGGGUGACCCUCUCCCGGCUGCCCCUCAUCGCGUCCGAGGUGACAUCCUGCGUCAGCGGCUACGCCUUUGGGAUGACAGCCCUGCUCACCUACCACAACCCAGACCCCCAGGCUUUGGAAGGUCUCUUUGUGUACCCCUUGGACGAGGGCACGACUGUGGUGGGCUUCGAGGCGGCCGUGUCCCGGCGCACCGUGACAGUGCAGAUCAAAGACAAAGCCAAGAUAGAUGACACCUACUUGGACAGCUGCAGCCUCCCUCCUGGAAGAGCUGCUGAUGGAAGUGGAAGGAUUAUGAUGGAUGAGGACCUGGAGAGGAUUGUUUUUGUGGCCAACCUGGGCACGAUUCCUCCCCUGGAAAGUGUCUCCAUCUUCAUCAGCACCUCCUCUGAGCUUCAGACACUGCCCAGCGGGGUUGUGAGGGUCCUUCUGCCAGCUGUGUGUGUCCCCAGGGUCCCCCAGCCCAGCCUGGAGAACACCAGCAGCUUUUCCAGCCACCAGCUCCGAACGGACAAGCACCUCUGCGGAUCAGGGAGCCCAGAGCGAGGGAGCAGGUUCUGCCUGGCUCAGCUGCUGGAGAGUGAGGCCACCAACCCCUUUGAGUACGAGUUCAGCUUCCACCUGGAGAUCCGGGGGCCGUGUUUGCUGGCAGGAGUUGAGAGCCCCACACACGAGAUCCGAGCUGACGCCGACCCCUCGGCUCGCUCUGCCAGGAGCAUCGUGAUCACGCUGGCCAACAAACACACCUUUGACAGACCCGUGGAGAUCCUGAUCCAUCCAAGUGAGCCCCACAUGCCCCACAUCUUAAUGGAAGAGGGUGACAUGACCCCUGCAGAGUACGAGCGACACCUGAAGGGGAAGAACGAUUUCAUUAAAGGCACUAAGAAAGACCCCAGUGCCAAGAAAAAGACGGAAAUCAUCAGGAAGAGGCUGAACAAGGACAUCCCACACCACCCUGUCAUCAUGCUCAACUUCUGCCCUGACUUGAGGGCUGUGCAGCCAGGCCUCCGGAAAGGCCAGGGAGAGUUUAUCUUCCUGGUAGACCGCAGCAGCAGCAUGAGCGGUGUGAGCAUCAGCCGUGCCAAGGAUGCCCUGUUGGUCAUUCUCAAGAGCCUGAUGCCAGCGUGCCUCUUCAACAUCAUUGGGUUUGGAUCCACUUUCAAGACCCUUUUUCCUGUCAGCCAGGCCUACUGUGAGGAGAGCCUGGCCGUGGCCUGCCAGAGCAUCAGGAGGAUCCAGGCUGAUAUGGGCAGCACCAACCUCUUCUCCCCACUGAAGUGGGUCACCCGCCAGCCCAUCCACAGGGGCCACCCCCGGCUGCUCUUCCUGCUGACGGGCGGGGCCAUCAGCAACACGGGGAAGGUUCUGGAGCUGCUGCGGGACCACUCCUGCUCCACCAGGUGCUACAGCUUCGGUGUUGGGCCAAAGGCCUGCAGGAGGCUGGUGCAGAGCCUGGCUGUCGUGUCCAGGGGCGUCUCCGAGUUCCUGGCGGAGGGCGAGAGGCUGCAGCCCAAGAUGAUCAGCUCGCUGAAGAAGGCCAUGGCCCCGGUCCUGAGCGACGUGUCCGUGGAGUGGGUCUUUCCUGAGAGCACCGAGGCCUUGGUGUCCCCUGUCAGCAGCAGCUGCCUGUUCCCUGGUGACCGCCUGCUCAGCUACGGGGUCAUCUGCGACACCUCCCCGUACAUCUCCAACCCCAGAUCUGACAAGAGGCGGCGGUACAGCAUGAUGCAUUCCCAGGAGUCGGGCAGCUCUGUUUUCUUUCACUCCCAGGAGGAGGGAGCAGGCUUGGAGAGCUGGAAUCACUCCAGAGACUCGGAGGGCUCCUGCCCCGCCGAGCGCUCCCCCGACCACCUGGGCGUGGGCAGAGAUCCUGGGGGAGAGUCGGACACGGACACGGGAAGGGAUGUGAAGGCUCUGGCCAGGAGACGGGCGUACAGCACCACCCAAAUCUCCGACCGCGAGCCUCGCAGGAAGGCGCCCACAGCCAGCGAUCCUGGCACAGCCCUGGUGAAAAACCCCCUCCGAAAAACCCACCUGCAGGACCUGCAGCAGCUCAGCCCCGAGCCCUGGCAGCUGCAUUUCCAGCCCCUCCCGGCCAUCCCUCAUGGCUCUGCCACCAGGAUCCGUGGUGCAGGCGCCCGGCGCCCGGCCCUGCUCCAGCACAGCUGUGUGUCCUUCUGCCACGACACCAGCUCCUCAGCACUGCCAGAAGGGCUGCAGGAAGCCCCAGCAAGGGGAUUGGAAGCCCUCGAUGCCAUCUCGAGCCUGCGCUCCUCGUCGGACAGCCGGAGCCCCGGGGAUUUGGAGUCUGCCCAGCAUCCAUCCCUCACCUUUGAGACAGAGACCUCCUCCGACUGGGAGCCCCAGGACCUGGAUAUCGGCGCUGCCUGCAGCUCCCCGAGCUCCCCCAGGACCCUCUGCAAGGCAGUGGUGAAGGGGCUGAGGAACAACGAGCCCGUGCAGUGGGAGGUCACAUUUGAUAUCCACGCUCUGUUCCGGGAGCGGGAGAGCCGGGAGGAGGGUGACACAGACCUGUGGAGUGAGACCUUCCACCACCUGGCAGCCAAGUCACUCAUCCAGGAUUUCGAGCAGCUCGCCGAGAGGGAGUGUGAAAUCGAGCAUGGGUCUGGGCGCCGGUUCCAGCUCAACGCUGUCCACACCAGCAAGGCCUGUAAUGUCAUCAGCAAGUACACAGCCUUCGUGCCUGUGGACCUGAGCACCAGCUCCUGCCUGCCCACCCUGCUCCAGUACACACACACAGGGGCAACAUCCAAGCAGGGCAACCAGAGGAAACAGAAGAGUUCAGGGAACAGGAGGCAUCGUGGCUGUUCCCCUGGACGUCCUCAGUCAGCCUGUGGCCACAACGGAGACUACAGAUUUUACAGCACGAAUGCUGAGGAGAGAAGCCCCUCACCCUCCAGCACCCCGUCCUCAUCUGCCUGGGAGCGCUGCCGUGGCCCUGAAGGGCCGCUCCACAGCCUGUCUUCUUCCUCUGCACAAGCCCAAAAAUCCAUCGAGAGGCUCUUUGCUGCCAGGCUGACCCUCAAUAAAACCAUGCUGCUGGUUAGAGCUGCCAAAGGCUUCAUGAGUAAAUCUCCGAGCAGAGGGAGCGAAGCCAGCUCUGAGGGCGACAAUGAGAGCAUGGACUACCUUCCCCUGGUGUCCCUGCAGCUGGCCUGCGGUGCCUUCCUCCUGAAUUCAGCCUUCUGCGACGCCGUCAGCAUCCCCAUGGAGAAGCUGAAGUGGACAUCGCCCUUCGCCUGCCACCGCCUGUCCCUCAGCCCUUCUGGCUCCUACAGCAGCAAGAGGAGCAAUCCCUCCUCGGAGCACAAACCCCUGAACUCCAGCCAGCAGCUGCCGCUCCCCAAGGGGCAGGGGAAGGGUCCCACCGCUGCAGACACUCGGGGAGCAGCGCUGGGGAGCACCGGCCGCCCUCGGCACUCAUCGGGCAGCGCGGCCGAGAGCAUCUCCAGAGCCCUGAGAGCCCAGAGGGAUCUGUCCCCUCCUGCCAUCACCAUCCGCAGCUUCUCCUCCCCUGCCGAGUGCCAGGCUGGCACUGCCUGGGGCUGGGACACCGACGGCUCCGAGCUGCAGGCUUUGCUCUGCGAGGCGCAGCUGCAGCAGCAGACGGAGCCCGAGGGGAUGCUCUGGGCCACGGCUGUGGCUCUGGCCUGGCUGGAGCACAGCUCAGCUUCCUAUUUCAUCGAGUGGGAGCUGGUGGCUGCCAAAGCCAGCCUGUGGCUGAGCGGGCAGGACUUCCCGCAGGGAUCCAGCCUGGCCGCGGUGAAAGCCGCAGCCCAGCAGCUCUUUGUGCUGCUCCGGCACUGGGAUGAAAACCUGGAGUUCAACCUGCUGUGCUACAACCCAGGCAGCGUGUAA